AUGGUAAAUAUCUCCAGUGAUGACAAACUUAUUCUUCUUGGAUUGGAAGAGUUGCAAAGAUUACAAUACAUGUUCUGUGUGUUCUCUAUUGUCACAUAUUUAUUUAUUGUUCUUCUGAGCAUUUUAAUUGUGCUUGUGAUUUUGAGUGAAGAAAGCCUCCAUGAGCCCAUGUACAUUCUUAUUUGCAACUUGACUCUCAAUGGGAUUUUCGGAAGCUCAUCUUUUUAUCCAAAGUUAAUUAGUGAUCUGUUAACUUCAUCUAAAACAGUUUCACGGACGAACUGCCACAUCCAAAUUCUUUGUCUUAUGACUUUCACUUUGUUUGAAGUAUUAACUUUUACAAUCAUGGCUUACGACCAAUAUUUAGCCGUUUCGCACCCUCUCCAGUAUCUUAUGAUGAUGACCACUGGUAAGACGGUGAAACUCAUUGUUGGAUCUUUUAUAUUUUCUUUCACAUCUGUGCUGAUAACUGUUCUUCUGUCUGCCAGAUCGCCUCUUUGUGGAAAUGAAAUCAAAAAUAUAUUUUGUGACAAUCUGUCUUUAAUAAUUUUGUCUUGUCUUGAUUCUUCUGUGAAUAAUCUCUAUGCAUUCAUUGCAACAAUCAUUUUUUUAAUGUUUACAAUAUCAGUAAUUGCCUAUUCUUAUCUGCAGAUCUUCCAUAUUUGCAUAAAAUUGACCAAAACGUCCUAUAGGAAAGCUUUACAUACACUGGUGACCCACUUACUCAACUUUUCGAUAUUUCUGGUGAGCGCUCUUUUUUUGUUUGUUCGUUUUAGACUCAAUAGCAGCAUGGUCCCACUUUUUGCCCACAUUCUGCUCUCUGUUAGUUUUGUCCUAUUUCCUCCACUUCUCAACCCUCUCAUAUAUGGUAUCAGAACAAAGGCCGUAAAAAUAAAAAUUAUUCGUUUCUUAAAGACAAUUUGGACACCUCUAUGA